AUGAUUUCCAAGCUCCGCAAUGCAUCUUGCGGGUUGCAGUCUGCCCGCCCGUUGAUGGGCAAUUCUUACCGGGUCAGCAAGCCCCGGAGCAGCUCUCUGUUCCUCAGGCGAGCCAGCAGCAAAGGGCAGCAAGAUGAUAGCGGUCUUGCCCAGUACAGCGGCGCCAAGCGCACUGUUGAUAACAGGGCCGGAUCGGAGGUAAGCACCCUGCAGUACGACGACCUCGAGGAGGGCAAAAUUAGAGAGGGAUGUGAGCCGACCGAGACCCCGAGCUCCUCAAUCCCGAGCUCCUCAACCGCGAGCUCCUCAGUCUUUCCGGCAUUUCGUCCACGGGCCGGGUUCGAGAUUCACGAUCGGACAGAGUACCACCCCGGCAUGAUAAUUCAGACCGUAUGUCACACGCCGGCAGGUCCCGGCUCUACGCACCGCGACGACGUCGUCGCGGUGACCUCCCGAGGACCCGUUUAUUCCAAGUUCCGUCGUUUCGUGGUGCUCGAGAUGCACUGGUCGCAUUUCCAAGCGCUGCCGUUGUAUACACACAACGGAACGGGCUUGAAUAACAAGCGGCAACAGCAGCACGAGUUUGUCUGUAUCCGCGACCGCGACGUGCCCAAGUCGGAGAGGGAGCCCGAGGAGGGCGUCAACGGGACCGUGUUUGGCGUCCGUCACGGCCGGGAGCCCUGCGUCGACGGGAGGACGGCUGUGAAGCUCACCGAGUCGGUGAGCUUCGUCCCCCGCUCGACGCUGGCACGCGUCGAGGGCCGGCUGGAGCACGAGUCGCUGCGGGCGCUGGCGCGCCUGGUGAGCGACUCCCGCCGCGUGUGCCUCGAGCACAUGCUACAGCAGCCGCCGGCCAAGGUUGCGGCGGAGCCCGAGGCCGAGACGGAGACGGCCAGGCUACAGCGCGAAAACGACAAGCUACGCAUGGACGCGCUCGCGAGGGGCGCGGAGGAGAUCGAGUCCCGGAUGGCCGGGUUGAGGAGCGAAAGCCACCGGCUGCGGAUGGAGGCGCUCGCGCUCCAAGCCAGGGAGCGCUCCGUCUCGACCAGCGGUGGCCGGAAGAGGGCGGACCAGCGGCGGCGGCUGAACAGGCGGUUGGGGCUGCUCGAGGCCGAGUUCACGUGGUCUCGCGCGCGGGCGUCGCCCAGAACGGUCCGAGAAGAUCAAAGUCUGAGGCUCGAAAAUUUCACUUAUAGGUCAUAG